AUGUCCGCACCCGAUCCCAAGGAAGCGUGGAGGCGCCUUCAGAGCGAGCUCACCCAGCGAGCCAGGUUCGGAGGAAGCGGAGGUGGCGCGCCCAAGGGUCUCUUCAGUGGCAUUGGAGGGUUGGUCUUGGUGGGCGGAGGCAUAUGGCUGGCGAAUAAUGCGCUGUUCAACGUGGACGGUGGUCACCGAGCAAUCAAGUACACCCGUGUCGGUGGUGUGCAGAAGGAAAUUUACAGUGAAGGAACGCACUUUCGGGUACCAUGGUUCGAGACGCCCAUCAUGUACGAUGUCCGUGCCAAACCACGAAAUGUCGCUUCCCUUACCGGAACCAAGGACUUGCAGAUGGUCAACAUAACCUGUCGUGUGCUCUCAAGACCGCGCGUCGACGCUCUUCCCCAAAUCUACAGGACCCUUGGCACAGACUACGACGAGCGUGUCUUGCCCUCGAUUGUCAACGAGGUGCUCAAGAGUGUGGUGGCGCAGUUCAAUGCCAGUCAACUCAUUACCCAGCGUGAAAACGUCAGCAGACUGGUGCGGGACAACUUGGUGCGAAGAGCAGCGCGAUUCAACAUCAUGCUUGAUGAUGUUUCACUUACUCACCUCGCCUUCUCCCCUGAGUUCACCGCCGCUGUCGAAGCCAAGCAAGUCGCUCAACAAGAAGCCCAACGCGCCGCUUUCGUCGUCGACAAGGCCCGCCAGGAGAAGCAAGCCACCGUCGUCCGCGCCCAGGGUGAGGCUCGUUCCGCUGAAUUGAUUGGUGACGCUAUCAAGAAGUCGAGGUCGUACGUGGACCUGAGGGAGUUUGAGAACGCCAGAAACAUUGCACAAAUCUUGCAGCAGUCCAACAACAAGGUCUACCUGGACAGCAAGGGUCUGGGUCUCGACAUUAGCCAGACAACUGCAGACAAAGAGCAGAGGGCGAGCAGAAAGUAA